GGGGGGUUAACACGAAGCGAAUGAUAAAGAAGACAAGAAAGAAGAAAGUUGGAUAAGAAAAAAAGAAAUGAAACGAAGAAAAAGAAGAAAAGUAGUGGUGGUGGUGGUGGUGGAAUAGAAUGAAGUGCAACAAGCUGUACUGCGAUAUAUUAGAAAAUGAUAGAUAGAGGUUGAGGAAAAGAGGGAGGGAAAGACGUAGAGAAUCAGAGAUAAAGAUAGAUAGAUAAAGAGUGAGAGAGAGAGACUGGUGGGAGAAGAAGGCAAGUGAUAGCAACAGCAACAGCAGCAGCAGCAGGUUAGCUGCUGCUGCAAUAAACACUAGAUGUAGUGGUGGUAGUGGUGUUACCUGGUUCGCCAACAUCCUCUAUUACGCAUGCUCAUCAUUUCAUUUACUCUACAGGUGCUCCAUCAUCAUGUCACGUCGAAAACAGUCCAAUCCACGGCCUCUUCUUGAUUUCAAUCGGAAAAAAAGUCCUGAUGCAUCCACACAAGAUCAAACUUCAGUUCAUGUUGGAAAGUUUGAACUACAGAAAUCCAAUGGCUAUGUUGUUGCUAAGAGUGAUGAAGAGCCACAUGCACCGCUUCUUAUGGAUGCCAAAAAUAUCAACAGCCCAGCUGGAGUACAGUUGAGUUCAUUGCCUGAGCAUUUUAUACUGGCACCAUCCAAGCCUUCAACAUCAGCUGGUUCCAAUAACUGUUCUCCCUCACAGACCACACUUUCCAAACAUCAACUGAAAAUGGAUCUAAAUGCAGCAGCUGGCAAAGGGAAAAAAUCCAAAAUUCCUGCAAAGCGUAAAAACAGUGGCAAGGUAGGCUAUGAGGAGGUCAUUUGCUAUCUUGCUUCUCUCUGUCGCUCUCUCUCUCUGUCUCUCUCUCUCUCUGUCGCUCUCUCUCUCUCUCUCUCUCUCUCUCACACACACACUCAUACACACACACUCAUACACACACACUCAUACACACAUGCACUGACACUCCAUCAGUUACAACAACGAGUAUUCCAGCUUCCUCGUGAAAUUAACGGUGCAAGUGGCUGAGCGCUCCACAGACAUGUGCACCCUUAGCGUUGUUCUCGGGGAGAUUCCUGUGUGACACAGAAUGUGACAAGGCCGGCUCCUUGGAAUUACAGGUACUACUCAUUUUUGCCAGCUCAGUGGACUGGAGCAACGUAAAAUAAAGUGUCUUGCUCAAGGCCACAAUGUGCCACCGGGAAUUGAACUCAUGACCUAACAAUUGUGAACCGAAUGCCCUAACCACUGAGCCACAUGCCUCCCCCUCUCCCCCACUCAGCUGGAAUAUGGAAAAGAUUUUAUAAGGGAAAAGUGAUGUCAGUCAACUGAAUGAAAGAGGAAAUCAUUUUUGCCUUAUAUGAACCAUUUUGGUUCCAAGUCCACCUGAGACCACGUUUUUGUUCUAUGAUACAAAAUUGCCCUUUUAAAGUAACACAAAUUUAAAACCUUCCAUCAAAAUUCCAUUCUAAUUUAUAUUCCAGUCACCCCUUUAGUAAUGACAAAGUUAUUUCACUAAAUACUUUAUUAUUUUCAAAGUUAAUUGAAAUGGCAGUGCUCCAGCAUAGCCACAGCCUCAAGGCUGAAACAUGUAAAAGAAUAGCAGCAAAGUACAGUUCUAUAUUUAAGAGAUGAGGAAUUAUGUACACUAUUUACAUUAUUUACAUUUGACGGAUAUUUGUCCUCAUCAUAUUUAUUGUUAACACAUUUCAGCUGAUAUACCCUCCAGCCUUCAUCAGGUGUCUUGGGGAAAUUUCAAACCUGGGGUCUCAUUCCUAAGGUAUUUUUCUUGGGGUUAAGAGUGUGGGCUACUAACUCCAAGAUUCCGAGUUCGAUUCCAGGCAAUGACCUGAAUAAU